AUGGCUCCGACGGUCGAGCCAGUUCGGCGGGUGGGAGGGCAGAAUGUGACAUCGUCGUUCCUUGUGGGCAAUCUGCACUGCCCGUCGUGUGUGUCGACGAUCCGGGAUGUUUUGCAAGAAGCAUGCGGUGAUCACGUCCGAUGGGUGUCACCGAACAUUGUGACCUCUGUGGUGACGGUGGAACACGAUCGCGAAGCGACUCUCAGGUGCAUGACAACGGCCCUGACAGAGGCUGGGUUUGAGAUAUGUGGUGUGACGUCGUCGACGGGAGAAAGCUUCCUCGAUCUGGACUUGUCCCGCUCGCCAAGCCGGAACGCGAGCGGAGACGGCGCAGAUUCCAAGCAGCAAGACACGAUCAUACCGCAACACCCUGCGUCCAGUUCGAUGAUUACGUCCACGUCUAUACCCACACCUCAGCCGGCCAGCUCCUGGGGCUUCUCUCCGCUUUCGCGGUGGAUGGCCUCGCCUAAGCAAGAGCAGAGCCAGGCAGAAGAGAGUCAAGAGCGCAUUUUGCAAGCACAUCUCGACAACUGCGAACAGUGCCGUCUGCAAAAGAGUCUAGGCAAGCUCCCGGUCAGUGUGGAAGUAAAGAAGCUGCACGAAGAGGACACGGACACAGAAGACGAAAGCCCAGGCUCCAGGUCAACGGAGUCACCGCCGACGGCACCCAAUAUGUCGGAAAAGGGAUUUGUGACAAUCGAGGACGAAGAUGCGCCGGGCAGCCGGCCGACGUGGCGGGCCAGCUUAGCGAUCGGCGGGAUGACGUGUGCAGUGUGCACAAACACGAUCACGGACGAGCUCAAGAAGCGCGAGUGGGUGUCCAAGGUGGCAGUCAACCUGAUCUCAAACAGCGCAACGGUGGAGUUUGACGAAGAGCAGCGAUUGUCGGAGGUGAUUGAGGCGAUUGAGGACAUGGGAUACGACGCGGCAUUGGACUCGCUGACGCGGGUUGAGUCUGCGCGGCAGAAGAAGCAGCAGGAGCAGGAGCAACAGGGGAGGAAGGGCCAGUCAGCAGAGGCGGGCAGCGGCAAGCGGACGGUGGAGAUCAUGAUCGAGGGCCUCUACUGCGAGUACUGUCCAGAGCGGAUUGUGCGCAGUCUGGCAGGGUUUCGACGGGCGUCGCUAGCGAUCGAGACGCGACCAACGCCACAGCGGCCGAUCGUGCGGCUGUCAUACGUGCCGGAGGCACCACAGUUUACGAUCCGACAAAUCCUGGCAGCGAUCGAGGCAAGUGACGGGGCGCUGACGGCGUCGCUGUAUCACGCGCCCACACUGGAGCAGCGGUCGAAGCUGAUCCGAGCACGCCACCAGCGGCAGAUGCUAUGGCGGGUGGUGUGGACGGGGGCGACGUGCGUGCCGACGUUUGUGAUCGGGAUUGUGUACAUGUCGCUACUACGGCGGAGCGACGGCGGACGGCAGUAUCUAACGGCGCCGUGGAUUUCGGGCAUCAACCGGGCGCAGAUUGCGCUCUUUGUCAUGGCGACACCAGUGUACUUUUGCGCGGCAGACAUAUUCCACGUGCGGGCGUUCAAGGAGAUCCGCACGCUGUGGCGACGCGGCAGCCGGACGCCGGUGCUGCAGCGGUUCUACCGGUUUGGCAGCAUGAACACGCUGAUCAGCUUGGGAACGACGAUUGCUUACAUAAGCAGUGUCUGCCAGAUGAUCGCAGCAGCAGCAGACAGAGCGACGAUGACAGACGACGGCGACUUUUACUUUGACUCAGUCAUCUUCCUGACCUUUUUCCUGCUGGUCGGCCGACUGAUUGAGGCGUACAGCAAGUCGCGGACGGGCGACGCAGUCGAGAUGCUGGGACGACUGCGGCCAACGACAGCGCAACUGGUGGAGAGGGGGGAGAGCGAGGAGAGCGAGCAGAGCGAGAAGGAGAAGACGACAGAAGUGCAGGCGGACCUGCUAGAGCACGGUGACGUGGUGCGGGUGAGACACGGGGCAUCACCGCCGGCGGACGGUGAGGUGGUGUCGGGGCAGACGAGCUUCGACGAGUCGAGUCUCACGGGCGAAUCACGGCUGAUCAGCAAGACGGUGGGCGAUGCAGUAUACGCCGGCACGGUCAACAAGGACGGGGCAGUGCUGGUGCGGGUGACGGGGGGAGCAGGGUCAUCGAUGCUGGACCAGAUCGUGGCGGCGGUGCGCGAAGGCCAGACGAAGCGAGCGCCGAUGGAACAGAUCGCAGACGUGUUGACGACGUACUUUGUGCCUGUGGUGACGUUGGUGGCGAUAGUCACGUGGGUAGUGUGGCUAGGGCUGGGGCUGAGCGGGCGGCUGCCAGAGUCAUAUCUGGACAAGGCCCACACCAGCGGCAGCGGUGCGUGGGUGGCCUUUUCGCUGCAGUUUGCCAUUGCCGUCUUCGUGGUGGCCUGUCCGUGCGGACUCGGGCUAGCAGCGCCGACUGCCAUCUUUGUGGGUGGCGGGAUGGCGGCGCGAUACGGGAUCCUGGCCAAGGGCGGCGGCGAGGCGUUUGAAAAAGCCAGCCGGAUCGACUGCGUCGUCUUUGACAAGACCGGCACGCUGACGGUGGGGGGCGAGCCGACAGUGACGGAUGUUGUAUGGGGAGGUGGACAGAAAGACAAGGGGCUGGUGGCAGCUCUCUGUGCGGUCGAGGAGACCAGCAGCCACCCGAUUGCCAAGGCGAUUGUGUCGUUCUGCCAGAAGGAGGGAGAUGCCGUUGUCGAUGGGCGAGUGGACAUGCUGCAGGAGACUGCUGGCCGGGGGAUGCGGGCGAGGUAUUGUGGUGGCGAGGCUGGACGAUCGUUUGACCUGAUCGUGGGCAACGAGGCAUUGAUGGCAGACUACUCGGUGGAGGUGUCGUCGUUGGUGGCGAUGCAGCUGCAGCAGUGGAAGUCGGACGCCAAGUCGGUAGCCCUGGUUGGAUGGAGGGAAGUGGAGGAGAAGGACGACGAGAGAGAGGGAACGAAAACGCUCGACCGGAGGGAGAACCAAAAACACAACACAUGGACGCUUGCAGCCGCGCUUUCGAUCUCGGAUCCUGUCCGGCCAGAAGCAGCGCCGAUUCUGGCUGCCCUACAGGCUCGCGGACUGCUGGUCUACAUGUUGAGUGGCGACAACGCGGUGACGGCAGCAGCAGUAGCCCGGCAGCUGGGCAUCCCUGCCGACCAGGUGAUUGCCGAGGUGCUGCCGACCGAAAAGGCGGCCCGCAUUCAAGCUCUGCAGGCAUCGCUGCCAGGUCGAAGUCGUUGGGGGAAAAGAGGCAAAAGCAAGUCGACCACGACCCCCUCCCGCGCCACUGUCGCCAUGGUUGGCGACGGCAUCAACGAUGCGCCUGCCCUCACGCAGGCAGAUGUCGGCAUCGCCGUCGGUUCGGGUUCAGAUGUGGCCAUCUCCAGCGCCGACUUUGUUCUGAUCCAGUCCAGCCUCCAGGCUGUCGUCACGCUGCUUGACCUCAGCCGUGCUGUCUUUCGCCGUAUCGCCCUCAACUUCGCCUGGGCUCUCGUCUACAACGUCGUGGCCGUGCCCAUCGCCGCCGGCGUCCUCUAUCCCGUUCACACCCGCUCCACCCGUCACGUCCGGCUUGAUCCCGUCUGGGCCUCGCUCGCCAUGGCCCUCAGCUCCGUCUCCGUCGUCUGCUCGUCGCUCGUCCUGCGCAGCCGCAUUCCCGGCCUCGGUUUCCGGCCGAGCAUCGCCCACAGCGCGCAUGCGGAGCAGACAAGUGCGUCUGCACCUGCAUCUUCGCCUGUCUCGACCAUGGCCAAUGCUGAGUCAUCCUUUCAUUCUGCUUAG